UAUAAUAUUUACGUGCUUCUACGAGUCACUGCCAAGACGUUGUAAUGAAUUUAUAUAGGUUAGGUUAUUCACAGCUGUAUUUUUGUUUAGUUUAUCAAUUGUGUAUAAACAUUUAAUUUGUAGUUUGUUUUAAAUUCAAUUAUUAUUACUUACUUUAAGGAAAUUGGCGUGUUUCUGAUAUCAUUACAGUUUUUAUCUUAGCUUACUUGCCUAUCUUUGCCUGUUAUCUUGAGCGGUUUUUCCCCCUUUAGCUGCAAGAAACAUGACAAAGUGAGUAGCUUUUAAGAAAAAUGGACACUAAAAACUUGAGAGACUAUUUAAGGGAAAUUUUCCCAAAUAAAUCCCAAGCUGCUAUCGAUAACGCUUUACGUGUAAUAGAAAAUGAGAUCCCGGACGAGUCAUUUGAAAUUAAAUUGGAUACUGCAGCCGAAUAUCUCUUUGCAAUUGAAGAUAACGAUGAAGGUGACGAGAUUAACCUUUUGAAUGAGGCGAGAGGUGUAACUAGAAGACUUACGGAGCAGGAAUUGUCAUCAUAUUUCGAUCAAUUGAUUAAUAUUUUCCCUGAUGCCUGUCCAUCGUAUGUCAGAGAUCUUUGUUUUAAUAGCUCUGGUCAUGUGAAUUUUGACCUUCUCUUUGAGAAAAUGACACUCGGUGACUAUCCAAGGAAACAAAUUCAUCCUAGGGAUAUAUUCGAUCAGCUGAGGGACAUGUUGCCGAACGCCGACCCUACGUACUUGCAAGCUGAAGCUGACAAGCUUGCGAACAAGACUGAGAAUGAUCUCAAGACCUUUCUGGAUAAUGCCUUGGAAACUGGGGAUUAUCCUACAAUGGAAAGUUAUUUAAAAAACCGGAAGGACAAUGAAGUAAUUGACCGAUAUACUGAUGGGUUCACUUUAGACGCAUUCCUAAAGGAAUUUCCGGAUCCUGAGAAAUACUUUUCGGAUCCCAACCGCACCUACGGACCUAGUGAUGAAGAUGUAAAUGACGAUGAGUACAUCCAAACUUUCCUUUACAAUCACUACCUUUACUUACGCAAGAAAGACAUAGACAGAGUUUUCAAAAUGUCGUCAAAGAACAUAAUCAAAACAUGCACAAGAUUAGAUACCUUUCGCAAGGCGCUGAGCCUGCCUAGAAAAAUAAGCCCACCACCGCCGGCUUCAAAAAAUAUCGAAUUGCUCAAGCUGAUCGCGUUCUUAAAGCAUCGCAAGGCGAUUAGGAAACGUGUGAAGCAGUAUGAUCUAAAUUACCGUUUGCUGAAAGAGGAGGCAAUCAAUAACGGCCUGUUGCAAACGUGCGCCUGCUGCUAUGAUGAGGAACUAAUUCCCGAAGAGUGCUAUUUCUGCAAAAACGGUUGUAUAUUUUGCAAGGAUUGUAUUAAGAAAGGGGUGGAGACUGCGAUUGGGGAUGGUAAACUGGAUUUCCCCUGUUUGGCAGAUUGCGGUUUUGAAUACAGUAUUCCCACUUUACAGAUGGUAUUAGAUUCUGUCGUCUUCUCAAGGAUGGCGCAAAGAAAGCAAAUGGACGAGGUGAAAAAGGCCAACAUCGACGGUUUGGAAACUUGCCCAUUCUGCGAGUUUGCGACAAUUCCUCCACCGGACAGUAAGAUUUUUACGUGCCUCAAUAGUGAGUGCAUGAAAGAGUCGUGCAGAGAAUGUCGACAUGUCUCCCACAUACCCUUGAGAUGCAGCGAAAUUGAGUACGAUGAGGAUGUUAAAAUGCGAACUUACAUCGAAAAUAAAAUGACCGAAGCACUUUUAAGGACCUGUAGAAAGUGCAAUAAGGUCUUUAUCAAAGCCUCCGGCUGUAACAAAAUGACAUGUAGUUGUGGAGCAAUAAUGUGUUACGUAUGCAGCUUACCCAUUGAUGAUUAUCGUCAUUUUGGAGAUGACGGCGUUCGGUGUCCCUUGUACACCACUGAUUUGAAUAAAUUCCAUACUACGGCUGUUCUUGAAGGUGCGAAGAAAGCAAAAAUCGAGUUGGGUAUAGAUAAAGAUCCUAGCAAACUUAAGAAUGAUCCUACCAGAGAUCUGAUCUAAUGUGCAUUUCUAGCCUUUAUUGUGCCAAUUUAUUCGUGUGAUAAUUAAAGUAUUGUUGUAUUUUUCAGUUAAAUUUAAAGAAUUUUUAUAUGUGCUCAAUUUUACUAUUUCACUUGUUAAAUAUAUCUUUUCUAUCUUU